AUGGCGACGCCCGCUUCCAUUCCCACAAAUUGCUCGCGAGACUCGGUCCAGCGCAUCCACCGCAUCACCAGAGAAAACAGGAGCCUGUGGUAUCAGUUGACGGUCCUGCAACAGCCUGAACGCGCUCGAGCAUGUGGUUCAGGUAUGAAAGCCAACAGUGACCGACGCCCGGUGGAUCCCCCGCCCGUCGUGGAGCUCCGCAUCAUCGAGGGCCCCUCAGUCGACGAGGGCAAGGACAUCACCUUUGACUACAAUGCCAACUUCUUCCUCUACGCGAGCCUGGAGCAGGCCCGCAACGUCGCCCACGGCCGCGUCCAAACCCCUGCUGCCAGCAACCCUCCCAUCCUGACGGGUGUUCCUGCGUCGGGCAUGGCGUAUCUGGACCGACCUGCCGAGGCCGGUUACUUCAUCUUUCCCGACCUCUCGGUCCGCCACGAGGGCUACUUUCGCCUAUCCUUCAGCCUCUUCGAGACGACCAAGGAGGAAAAGGACUUUGAUCUCGAGCCCGCCGACAGCGACCUGCCCCCCGGCGUCGACUGGCGCAUGGAGAUCAAGACGCACCCCUUCAAUGUCUACAGCGCCAAGAAGUUCCCUGGUCUCAUGGAGAGCACCCAGCUCAGCAAGACGGUGGCUGACCAAGGGUGCCGCGUCCGGAUCCGACGCGACGUGCGCAUGAGGAAGCGCGAUGGCAAGUCCAACGGCUAUGAACGACGCGACGACGAAUACUCGCGCCGCCGAACCGUUACUCCCGCAUCCGAAGACCCUCACGGCAUCCGCCCUCGGUCCCUCAGCAACUCGAGCGAGCCGCGCGUUCAGUACGGGGGCGACGCUACUCGGCGGCCCUCGGCCGUCGAUCCGUAUCCUCCGCCACCACCGCCGCCGGGCUACGAGGCCGCACCACCCCCCAGCCGCGGGCACCUUUCCUUUGGAGACGCCCCGCCGCCGCAAUACGCCGCACCGCGGCACUACCCCCAGGCGGGAAUUUCUGCACCGCCCGUGUCGCCCGGCGGGCCCUACCCAUCCGCUCAAUCUCCCUACGGUUACCAUCACGACGGCCAUUCACGGCGGGACUCGCACACGUCGUUCAACUCGACUCCCUCGCUGCCCCCGCCAGCGCAGAGGACUAAACCGAUCAAGCCACACGCAUCUCUGGCACCCCUCAAGAUUGCCUCUCUGGUGUCGCCGCUGCCUCCCAUCGAGGCGCAAGCCGAGCCACUGCCUGCGCCUCCGGUCGUGUUCACCGGCGGCAAGCGAAAGCAUGAGAUUGUCUUUCACCAGAACGCGCAACCGCUCCACAACGGCCGGCGACAGCUGGAUCCUCACUUUGGCGGCCGCACGGGUGCGACAUCGGAUCCCGGCCAAGGCAUGUACUCGCGGGCCGACGGCAAGGUCGGGGUUGUCACGUUUAGCCAGUGGCAAUGA